CGGCUUAGCAUGGCACAUGGUUCAAAUAGGCGACACAAUUCUUAAAUUCCAAUACUCUGAACCCCUUCAACGUUUACAUCCAUAGCUCAUACUGGUACUUCGACAUGUCCUUUCACGUCGUUAAAGAAACAUUUAAACAUUAAAAGAUAAAGAAACCAGUCUGAUUUGUAGCUACUUCGCGUAUUAGCAUAUGAAAGAAGCUCAAAACGUACUUGAUACAACUGUAUUUGAUAUGGGACGGCCAAAACAAAUUGUCUAUAUAAAAACUUUCCUAAAACCAAAUAAUUAUUUUUAUACAGAUAUAAGGAACUUUAAGUUUUGAAACUCAAAAUUCAGUAAAAGAAUUGGUCUAUCUAUUUUAACCUUUACAAGUAAUAAGUAAAUUAAAUAAAAGGCUGAUGUAAAUAAAGGACAAAAAGAUAAAAAAACGAAACAAAUCGUGAAGAAUUAUCAAAGAUUAUGCAUUCAAAAUUCGUCUAGCCAAUAACAGAUUAAAUCCUGCUGUUAAGGAUUGUCUCCAGUUUGUAGAUAACAUAUAUAUACGAUCAACUUGUUUUGUAACAGACAAUGUUUUCGAAAAUUCAAUUUAAAUAUUUUAUCUAGAAAAGUAGAUUUGAGGAACGACUCAAAACUGUGAAUUUAUCUACAAGCCGUCCUGUUUUUCGCAUUUGGAUCAACAGCAAUAGCGUAAAUAGCGUUAAGGAGGGUCACAUAACAUGUUUGAUAUAAAGAACGUAAUUCAAGCAACCGCGCUAGUAAUUACGCAAAUCCUGUUUAGUAGGGAAAAAGCAAUUUUUAUAACGCGUGGUAACAAUACACAGUACCCGUCGUGUAAUACGAGCACUAUAGACACAUCUCUGGUUAACGUCUCUGAUGGAAUAAUAUCGAUUUUCGAUUUUUACACAAAACAUCACAAAUCAAAUUCUGAGUAUAUAUAUGUGGUCGAUAAACGACAUAAAAAUAUUUUGGACGCAUUUGGUGGACUAAAUAGAAACAUAAUUACACUGGAUGUACUAAAGGAAAAAAGCAAUCAGCAGGAACAUACUGCAUCUUAUCAUACAAGGAAUAGUGAGGAGUUGAAAAGCAUUAUGAAGGAUUUUUCCAUAACACGGCUGUUGAUUAUCGCAUACAGAGAUUGUAAUAGCACAAUUAUAAGCACAUUACGUUCCAACUUGAAGAAAAGUAAGCUGAAAUGUACCUGUAAUUCAAUGUAUAAGGAUCAAGUACUAAGUAAUUUACCACAGCUUCUUGAAGGAACUGAGAUAGUGUUGCUUCUAUUAUCUGCACUGGAUGCUAAUGUAGUAUUAGAGAGAAUGCUGCACUAUGAAAUAAAAGAAGUUUUAAUUCUUACAACAGGCAUACCAGUACAGGUCCUUAGAGGAAUGGAAAUGAUGUACAGCAAAUUUAACUUGAUUAAUCUUCCAAACAGCGAGGAUAAUGAUAUAGUAUUAGAUACUGAAAAUGUUGCAGAGUUUCUACAGGAAUCUGACUUAAAUAAUAUAUUUGAAAUCUUACCAAUGUUCAAUACAACCUACGACGGAAAGAAAAGUUCUUACUCACGAAUACCACUUCUGAAAGAGACGUGGAGGGUUGCAAGCAUUCAGUAUGCUCCGUAUUGCAUUGUGCUGCCAUUUCAGCCAGUGAAUGACAUUUGCGUAGUUGGUGUACCAUGCCUUGUUCCUGACAUAACUGAAAAUGAUACAAAAUGGAAUGAUGCUUGCUGCUCCGGUAUGGCAGUGGAUCUACUAAAGUUAAUUUCUAAUGAAUGGAAGGUUAAGUUUGAACUUUAUAUAGCAGAGGAUGGAUUAUUUGGAGGCUUCAAUAAUGGCACAUGGGAUGGAAUUAUCAAUGAGGUUUAUUCUGACAACGCAGAUAUUGGCAUACAAGGAAUUACACCAACUGCUGAAAGAAGUAAGGUUGUUGAUUUUUCAGAAAGCUUUCAAUACACUUAUAUUUCCAUAAUCCGGCGAACUACACUGGAAAAGUUAUCGUUCAUCAACUAUGAGUUUUUAGAACCUCUGGAUAAUAUUCUACUCGUGGUGAUAAUUAUUUCCAGCAUACUACUUCACAUUAUGUUGUUUUUAUUUGAGAAUGUUAGUGUCCGUCUUUUAAAGACAGGAGAACGUUUUGCAUGGAGAGACGUGUUCUCAUAUACAACAGGUUUAAUAUUCCAACGCGAUAUUGGAGGACGAAAUCCCGUUAGCAGCCAUGGAAGGCUAUCAGCGUUGUCUUUUGCUGUCUGCAUGACUGUCAUAAUGUCAACGUACACCGCAAAAUUAACGGCAAAUGGAAUCAAUAACCAGGAAACGGACGACUUUUUGGGAAUAAUCGAUCCAAAGAUCUUAAAACCUACCGCAGCGUUCACGUUCGGAACAGUGAAAAGUACAAGUUUAGAAAGUUUCUUUCAAUAUCACUCUUCAAAUAGGUUUCGGAGGGUCUAUCACUUCAUGAAACCGUAUUCUGUCAGCAGUGAAGAAGAAGGUGUGAAAGCUGUACUAUCAGGAAAACUUGAUGCAUUUAUCACAGAAAGUGCACUUGUUUUAGCUGUUACUUCACGGGCUAAAUAUUGUUUCACAACACAAACAUUUAUUGAUGAUAAAUACGAAAGCGAGCUGGCAUUUGCUGUACAGAAGAAGUCAUCAAUUUAAAAAAAAAUAUCUUUAGCAAUGUUAAAGUUUAAAGAGAACGGUGAAAUUAACCGAUUGACAAAACAAUGGUUUUACCAACCAGAAUGUCAAUCGUUUGACAAAAACAACCAAACAUUUGGAUUGGAAUAUUUUGGUGGUUUAGUAGUUGUUUUUGCAGUCUCUUUGCUCGUGUGUCUUGGUAUACUUGCAAUUGAGCAUGCUUGCAGCUGCAACAUAAACAGUAAAAAUGUUUCCGAAACGAACAGUGAACCUUCCGAAGAUGCAAAGUUUUUAGAGACUAACGUUUAAUGAAGUUUGACAAAAACAAAGUAAUUUUAUGGAAACAUGAUGUCUUAAAGUUUCAAUGAGAUAAAAUAGAGUCAUCACAAACUCUAACUUGCAUGCAAAUGUCUGAAACAGUCAUGGUAUGCAAUAACAUGCUAACAAAAUUAAGUGUUGUCAUAACCUUUUAUUUAACAACCCUAGACAUAAAAUUUUGUAAAAAUGGUUUCUUUUUUAGCUACUUCUUAAAAAAGUA